CUGAGCUAGGCAGUAUGACUGAGGCAGUGGUCGUAGGUGGAUGUGUUGCGCGUGUUGGAGCGGAUACUGGCUUUAUUGUUGAUUUCUAUCCCUUUCCUCCCCCAUUUCUCGAUUUUUUCUUUCGUCCACGCUCUUUUACGGAUGGUGUGUAAGUGAUGGGGACGGCGGAGCAACAGAAGGAGCACUCAGGGGUGUCCGGGUCCUCAAGCCUGGAGUGUGGAGAGGAGGAGGUGGGGAGUGUGCGGCCCCCUGUGUCCCGUGGCUCAUCCACUGGUGUGGCCGCUGCCGCCUCCAACACCAGCAGCGGGAGCGGUGCCUCUGGCAGCCGCCGCGGGAGAGCCUCCCCUACUAGUGCCUUGGGGCGUGUCCCGCUUACCAGACUCUGUGAAGAAAAACGUGCUAGACGUUGUCGCUUUUACCGAAAUGGCGACCGUUGGUUUGGCGGGUCGGUGGUGGCGGUGGGCGGAGACAAGCACCGCUCGUGGGAGGCGCUGCUGGCUGACUUAACACGUGUGUUAGACCACCCGAUACACCUCACAGCUGGGGUGCGUCACGUGUUUGCGCUAGAUGGCACCCGCAUAACUCAGCUUGACCAGAUUGUUGAGGCCAGCGAGUACGUGGUGUCCUCUUCGGAAACAUUAAAAAAACUGGAUUACUCUCGCGCUCGUUUACCACAGUGGCGGGCUAACGCACGGCGCAACGAGGCACUACACGUAACACCGCGCACCGCGUACGCCUCCCCUGUGUCCACACCCGGCAGCGAGGCGCCCCCGAGCCUCAUUGGUUCUACCAUAUCCAAUGACUCACCCAAGGAUUUCAUCCGUCCUAAACUGGUGACGGUGAUCCGUAACGGCGUGCGGCCCCGUAAGGCUGUGCGGAUACUCCUAAAUCGACGCACCGCCCGCAGCCUUGAGCAGGUACUCUCUGACAUCACACACGCCAUCAAGCUAGACACGGGAGCUGUCAGGAAGAUCUUCACCCUCGACGGCAGACAGGUCUAUGUGAGAGUAGAUCCACAGUUGCUUGGUCUUGGUAUCCCUGUCAGCAAGACACACAUGUUUGUGUCUGGCUUCAGAGUCAAGCGGGUGAAAAUCUCAGUUGAGGAUGUCAAGAGGAAGCAGUGA